UUCUUUCACCUGCUUUCCCAAAGCGCGGAAAUUUGACAAGCUGCUUGCUCGGUUGCUGCUGCCGACUGCAGAGUGUAGACCAAAUAAAAGCAAUAUAUGUUCCUCCUCCUCCUCCUCUCAUGAUGCAAACCUUCUGUUGAAUUGACCCAUCAUCAUGUGGCACUAGCAGAGGGGCAUUUUCAGGCACCUCCAAAGCGACUCUGUAGAUCCGUCAGUGAUCAUGUUCACAAUCCUCCUCCUCCUCCUUCCUUGUAUUCUUCUUCACCUUGUUAAUUUUCUCCUAGGACGUGCUGAGUUUCCUUCUUCAACCCUUGAACUGAAGCAUGAGGAAGCUCCCCAAGCAGUGCCUUCAUCUUCUUCAUCUUCAAUUCCUGAAACUUUGGACUUUGAUGUCUUCCUCAGUUUUAGGGGGAAGACGCCCGCAAUAGUUUUACGGACCAUUUAUAUCACGGUUUGAAUCUGAAAGGAAUCGAUACAUUUAUGGAUGAAGAGAAGCUUAAGAGGGGAAAACCCAUCGCACCAAAAAUCCUGAAAGCAAUUGAACACUCCAAGUUUGCAGUUGUCGUUCUUUCAGAAGACUACGCUUCUUCAACUUGGUGUUUGGAUGAAUUUGCGCAUAUUGUUCAGUGCAUGAAAGAGGGAGACUAGAAGUGUUUCCGGUCUUCUACCACAUCGAGGCAUCCAAGGUAAGAAAGCAAACAGGAAAUUAUGGAAAAGCCUUUGCUAAGCAUGAAGAAAAUUUUAAGAAGGAAAAAGGGAAGGUGAAAAAGUGGAGGAGAGCUCUGAGGAGGGUAGCCAAAGUUCCCGGAUGGGAUUUGAAAAAUAGGAAAGAAUCAGAAGUUAUUGAGGAAAUAGCUAACAAGAUUUCAAAUAUAUUGAACGACAAACUCUCAAGUUCUAACAACGAUUUAAUUGGAAUGGAUUCUCGUAUUAAGAAAAUGGAGGAGUACUUGGCUCUUUGCAGGUCGGAUGAUGUUCGCACCAUAGGGAUUUGGGGGUUCGGGGGCAUUGGUAAGACAACUCUCGCAAACGAAGUUUUUAAGAAGAUCAGGAACCAAUUUGAUGCUAAAUGCUUCGUUUCCUCUGUUAGAGAGGAAUCCACAAAAGUAAAUGGUCUAGUUGGCAUGCAAAAAUCUCUCUUUGCAACCUUGCUGCACUGCAAUGAAGAUAUACAAAAUGCUGAUUUGGGGAUCCAAUUGUUACGUACUAGACUAAGGAAUAAAAGGGUGCUUAUUGUUCUGGAUAAUGUUGAUAAACUAGAUCAGAUAAAGGCUUUAGCAGAUGAAUCUUGGUUGGGUCCAGGGAGUCGAGUCAUUAUAACAAAUAGGGAGAAGCAUGAGUUGGAUACGUGUGGACUACUUGCAGAUAGUAUAUACGAGGUUGACAAGCUGAAGAUUGGUGAAGAUUCUCAGCUCUUUUGUCGAAAAGCCUUCAAGGAAAACGAUGCUCCACAUGAUUAUAAAGAGUUGUCCAAAAAAUUUGUAGAAUAUGCUGGUGGCAUUCCUUUAGCUCUUAUAGUUCUGGGAUCAUACUUGAGGGGAAAAAAUGUAAUAGAAUGGUCAGAAGCAUUUGAUAGACUUGAUGAAGAUCCUGAAGAAGACAUUAUGAAUGUGCUUAAAAUAAGUUUUGACGCAUUAAAGGGCACAGUGAAACAAAUCUUUCUGGACAUUGCAUGCUUCUUUAAUGGAGAGGAUCAAGUUCGUGUAAAGAAGAUAUUAGAAAGUUGCCGGUUUUAUCCUAGAAGUGGUAUGCGUGACCUUCUUGAUAAAGCCCUAAUUAAAAUUAACGAAAGAAAUGAACUGUGGAUGCAUGAUUUACUUCGGAAAAUGGGUCAGGACAUUGUUCAUAGACAAUUUCCUAAUGAGCCUGGAAAGCGCAGCAGGUUGUGGAUUAAUGAGAAUGCCUACAAACGCAACAGGUCAUGGCAUGAUAAAGUACUUGCAGAGAAUACGGGAACAACUGCUGUCGAAGGCAUAUUCCUAAUCUUGCUGGCAAAGGAAGAGAUACAGUUGGAUGCUGACCCAUUCGCUAAAAUGUGCAACCUAAGAUUGUUGAAGAUUUGUAAUGUCAACUUUUCUAGAUGCCCUGAGUAUUUCUCUAAAGAGUUACGGCUUCUGGAAUGGCACGAAUAUCCUUUAGAAUCUCUGCCAUCAAGUUUUAAACCAUGUCAUCUUGUUGAACUCAAGAUGCCUAACAGUCGCAUUACCCAACUAUGGCAUGAAAGUUGUACCAUGAUGGAAAACUUAGUACAAAUGGAUCUUUCCAACUGCAAAUUCUUGAUCAAGACCCCAGACUUCAGAAAGGUCCCAAAUCUUGGGAGGUUGAUUCUUGAAGGUUGUGAAAAAUUAUCAGAGGUUCACGCAAAAAUUGGGGAUCUCCAACGUCUCGUUGUAUUGAAUAUGAAAGGUUGUGAAAGUCUAGAGAGCCUUCCCCACUCCAUCAGCUUAGAAUCUCUUAAAACCUUUAAUCUUUCUGGUUGUUCAAAACUCAAAGAGUUUCCAGAGAUUGUGGGAAACAUGGAAGCUUUGUCAGAACUUUAUUUAGAUGGAACGGCUAAAAGGAAGCUGCCAGCAUCAAUCCAGCAAUUGAGGGGCCUUAUUUGGUUAAAUUUAAUUGGUUGCAAGAACCUUAUGAGUCUUCCUAUGGCCAUUUGUAGUUUGACAUCUUUGAGAUAUAUAUAUAUAUAUGUCUGGCUGCUCACGCAUUGACAUACUGCCGGAAAACCUGGGGAGCUUGGAACAGUUGCAAGAGCUUGAUGCCCGUAAAACUGCUAUAAGAGAAGAGCCUGGCUCCAUUUUUUUACUUCCGAACCUUAAACGAUUAUGUUUCCGCGGAAACAAAGAUGUGCCAGUCGAAUCCUCUGUAUCCGCUGAACAUAAAGAUGAGCUGGCUGAAUCCUCUGUAUCCACUGAGCAUAGAGAUGUGCAAAUGGAAUCCUCUGUAUUGUUCAAUGAGCUGGCAACGGAAGAGAUACGGUUGGAUGCUGCCCAUUCGCUAAAAUGCGCAAGCUAAGAUUUUUGAAGAUUUGUAAUGUCGGCAUCAAGUUUAAACGCAUCAAGUUUAAACCAUCUCAGCUUGUUAAACUCGAGCGUUUAGAUUUCACUGGAAAUGGUGUGGGCUGAGAAAAUAUCUAUAAGAUUUCUGAGCCUAAAAAACUCAUCUUGUUUGGGAUUAGCAACCUUCAGUCGUUGCCAAAACAACUUCCGUUGAGUAUAAAGUUCAUUGAUGUACGUCAUUGUCCUAUGCCGCCAAUUUCAAGGAAUUUGACAGUAUGGACUGCUAUUAACGGUUUUAGUUUCAUGAUUUGUGGAAAUUCCAAUGAAGAUGAAGAUAGAACAAGGAACCCAUUUAUAGUUCACGAAGAACUUCAUGAUGAACUAUUCUUUUCUAAAUACAUUGAGGUGUUGACUAUCUCUCUCUCUCUCUCUCUCUCUCUCUCUCUCUCUCUCAUAUUGAACAUCUUUAUUAUUGUUUUUCUCUUUGGUUUUUAUUUUUUGUACAGGACCGAAUUUAUCAUGAAAAGCCAUUUGAAAUUCGUGCUCAUUUUCCUCAUGGUACGAGAGUUCCACACUGGUGCAGACAUUGCAUGAGUGGGUCUUCUGUAAGAGCCAAACUACCUAUUGAUACGGAAGGUAGUAAUAGUAGGUGUAUGGGGUUUGCCCUAUUUGUUGCUUUCGAAAUCCUUGAGAAUGAAAAUUUUCAGAAAAGUUGGGAAUUGGAAAAGACUGUUUGCCAUUUUUCCACCCGUGAAGGUCGUCUUGAACACCCCAUAGUCUUUCAAAACUUUGAAGACUACAGGGUUGGGUCGUCCUAUGGACUUUGCUGCUACAAGCCCCGAGGCAGGCAGUUUGCAAGGCUGUUGAAUGAAGGGAGUCGACAAUUUGAAGCUUCUGUUACAACGAAUCGACCAGACUUGGAAGUAAAAGGGUGCGGGAUACAUUUCAUAUGGCAGCAAGAUGUUGCAGGUUUUGUUAAUAAUUUGAUACCAAUUGCUAAUCACCAUCAACACCCAGGAUUUGAGCUUUGGUCUACAUUGGAAAGCUCUGGUGCUCAGAUGGGAACCUCCAUGAACUUUGCACUCUGAAUGAAGACAGCUACAAACGCUGGAACAAUUGCAAGGUUUUGUAGUCUGACCACAUAAUUGUCACUCCAAACAUUGUCGUUUUGUCAUCAUUUACAUAUAAUGGCCGAGCCUGAGACCAGAAGAGAGAACUUGAGUUUGUUGCUUCAGUCUUAAA